AUGUCAAAAGGCCGUGUUUGUCUUGCCUACUCUGGAGGUCUUGAUACCUCCACAAUCCUAAAAUGGCUCAUUCUCGAGGGCUAUGAGGUUGUGUGCUUCCUCGCCGAUGUUGGUCAGGUUGAGGACUUCGAUGCCGUGGAGAAGAAGGCUCUCGCUCUUGGCGCGGAGCGCAUGAUCAUUGAGAACCUCCAGAAGGAGUUCGUCGAGCAGAUCGUCUUUCGAGCAAUUCAGUGUAAUGCCAUCUAUGAGGACCGAUAUCUCCUUGGAACUGCUCUGGCCCGACCUGUCAUCGCUCGCGCCCAGGUCCGCGUUGCUGAGAAGUACAACUGCAAUCUUUUGAGCCACGGCUGCACAGGCAAAGGCAACGAUCAAGUUCGUUUCGAGCUCGCCUUCAAGGCUUGCAACCCUUCCAUCAAGGUCAUCGCCCCCUGGCGACUCCCCGAGUUCUGUGAGAAGUUCCAGGGUCGACAGGAUCUCCUCAAGUUCGCCGCCGAGAACAACAUCCCCGUUUCAUCGACCCCCAAGGCUCCUUGGAGCCAGGACGAGAACCUCGUUCACUGCUCGUAUGAGGCUGGCAUUCUCGAAGACCCCGACCACACUCCUCCUAAGGACCUUUGGACCCAAACUGUCGAUCCUCUUGAGGCUCCCGACAAGCCUCUCGACUUCACCGUGUACUUUGAGAAGGGCCUCCCUGUUAAGGUUGCUACCCCUGACCAAGAGGCUACCGAUUCAGUAGAGCUGUUCAAGCUGCUCAACAAGAUUGGUCACGACCACGGUGUCGGUCGAAUUGACAUUGUCGAGAACCGAUGGAUCGGACUCAAGAGCCGAGGAUGCUACGACACCCCUGGUCUCACCAUCGCCCGUCUUGCUCACGUCGAUCUCGAGGGCCUUGUCCUCGACUCCAAGGUCCGCAAGCUCAGAGAUCAAUUUGUGACUAUCGAGUGGUCCCAGUGCCUUUACAAUGGCAUGUACUUCUCCCCUGAGCGUGAGUGGCUCGACGAGGCUAUCGUUUCUGCUCAAAAGGGUGUCAACGGCCAGGUCCGACUCCGUGCGUACAAGGGCAACGUUUACGUCCUUGGACGAUCCAGCGAGACCAGCAGCCUCUACUCCCAGGAGGAUGCUUCUAUGGACAGUCUCGACACCUUUUCUCCCAUGGACAGCACUGGCUUCAUUGCUAUCCAGUCUAUCCGAUUGGAGAAGUAUGGUGCUCAGAAGGCUAAGGACGGCCAACCCCUUAGCCAGUCCUAA